GUUUAGAGCGUGGGGGUGUGUGCUUUCGAUUCCUCGGGGUGUCGCCCCCCGUUAGCCCAUCUGAAUGUCUUGUUUUGUUUGUUUGUUUGUUUUUGUAAACACGUCGCUGUAAACAUGAUUAAAUGAUGUUUGAAGGCUUUCUGAGGCGGCUCGGGCGUUUUUCACGACGGCAGCGUCUCAGCGAGGAUGAGGGAUCCUCCUGGUAUUGACAAUUUGCUCCUGAAGAAGCUGAAGGUAUGUUGUGCCAAAGAGGACAGCUUUCUUCCCAGAGAGAUGGGCCUGAAGCUGAUGGAGUCCACCCCUACAGAGAACUCCAGCGGGGUGUCUGCAAAGUGCAGAGACAGCCGGGUGGAGGAACUCUGGGGUCUGACCACUUUCUUUGGCUACAGCAUUCACACCUUCGUUCAAGCUGUCAAUUUGCUUGACAGAUUCCUCACCUUAAUGAAGGUGCAGCGCAAACACGUCCCCUGCAUCGGGGUCUGCUGUCUCCACAUGGCCGCCAAAAUGAUGGAGGAGGAGGCCGACGUGUCGCCGACCCACGAACUCAUCCGCAUCAGCCAGAGCAAGUUCACGGUGUCAGACCUGAGCCGCAUGGAGAAGAUCAUCUCAGAGAAACUGUGCUUGGACCCCAAAGCGGUGACGGCUUUGACCUUCCUGCAACUCUACCACGCCGCCAUCAGCACUCAGUCUGCCGGAAGGGAGGAGAUCCCAAGCUUUGGGAGACUGGAAGCCCAGCUUAAAGCCUGUUUAUGCCGGCUUGUUUUCUCUAAAGCAAAACCGUCCGUGUUGGCGCUGUCGCUCAUCGCUCAGGACGACGGCCUUCAGUCGCUCUCGGUGAUGAAGAUUGUCCAACAGUUUCAGAGGCAUCUGAAAAUCAGCGACGCCGAGCUGCUCGGCUGGAAGGAGCUCGUGGCCGAGUGCAUGAGCGCGUACCACUCCAGCCAAUGCAGCAAACCCGACAACAGGAAGCUGGUGUGGAUUGUGUCCCGGAGAACCGCACAGGGCCUUCAGAGCGGUCACUUCAGUGUUCCCGCUCUGCCCACCAUUCCUGAGAUCAGCUGGGACCAGAAUGAAAGCGAGGACUCGAGCGAGGACUCGAGCUGCUCCGAGGAAAGUCCGUGUGGUUCCUUAGGAAGCGACGGAGAAGAAACCUUCUUCCCUUCCAGGUUCCACCACAGCUGAGAAUGAUGGGAGUUUUUUCAUUUCCUAGAAUUGUAACAACCUUUAGUGGAGACGUGUGUGUUUUGUGUGCUUGUGUUGUGUGUCAUCAGCAGGAAUGUGAAGCGACUAAAGCGCCUGUGUGGAUUCAUGUCACUGUUACUCAUUCCAUGAACAAUAAAGUCAAGCAGAACAUCGGCAUUA